UGAGGCUCUGGACCAAUGGCCAGGCCUUUCUUUCAUCACUGCCCGCAGUUUAAAACUGUCAAGUGGAUGCUAGGGUAGCCGGUAGCUUGCGUGGUUGCGGCGGCGACGCUGGGGACGCCGCAAGUGAGGAGUCGGGUCUGGCGAAGACGGUGGGUACCGGCGGCGGGGGCGGCGGCGGCGGCGGCGGCCCGGCCGGUUCCUCCCAGACAAGACCAGGGCGUCAUUCCUGGAGGUGCCCAGAAGAGAGGACACAAGUGACGCGAACUGAGCUUCGUGGUUACCAGCCCAGUAGUUGACUGGACCCAUGGAUGUGGAACCCAGGGACACUGAAGGCUGAAUGAACUGUAUGCCCACUGCUUUUCCCAGUGCUUCCAAAGUGACCUCAUGCCAAUACACCUGGUACUGAACUCAUUGCCCAUUCUCCAAGUAUCAUCUUCCUCCAUUGCUCGAUUUGGUGAGUAGUAGUAUGAUCCAUACUGGACACCUUCACUAGUCUGCACUUUCUCCUUUUAGGUGGUCGUUGAUCGUGACCCCUUGUUUCCAUCACUACAACGCAGCUGUCUCAGAGCCACACCUCACUUCCCCUUGCCAGUGCUGCAUUCUAGUUUAGGGACCUCAUGUGUCUCCUAGGUUGUGUGUGGAGAUGUAGCCCUGCAGUAGAGCUCUUGCACUGACAUGCAUAGUUGCAUAUAUGGGUUCAAUCCUCAGCAUACAAAAGUGAAUAAAACAAGAUUGGUCACGUCCAUUGUUUAAAGCACUUAGUAAGUAUCUUCAGGAAUGAUUCAGCCUUUUAAUAUGAAACAUCAUGAUCUUAACUGUUCCUUUUUACUUCAUCUUUACUCCUUUGCUUCAGCCUAGCCAAAUGCCCUGGUUAUUUUAGCAUAUACGCCACACCUCUAUCUUGGCAUAUGCUCUGUUUUCAUCUUUAGUCUGUCUUCCAGAAUGGACCUGCUCAUCUUUCAGAUGUCAAUACCUGGGCCAUCUUGUCUACCUUACUGGUGUCCUGAGAGCUUGAAUAAUUACUAUUUGUCUUUUAUAGUUUUCUUUAGUUAAGACCUUUAAUUUCUAUGUGUAUAUCUUAGUAGGUUGUAAUGUAUAAACUUAGUUUUCUUAAAAUAAUAUUCCCGAAAUGUAAGUGUCUAAGGAAGGAGGUUUACACAAAUUGUUUGACUGUCUUAGUUCAUUAUCUCACAGGAAAGUAUGCCAUCCCUGGGAUAGCCCAUAAGCCUGAAGAAUGGUGACCACAGCUCUUCUGUCUAACAGAUCCUGCAGGAGACUCUCCUGAAGUAUUUUUCUUUAACCUUUUAUGCAUUUGGCUCAUCUCUUUGAAUGUAUUAUAAAUGCACUGUUUGGAGAAAGGUGGUUUUUGGGGGGCUGAUGAUUCUUGUCUGUAAGAUUGCUUGCAAGUUAAAGCAUUGCUCACUUCUGUGUAUUUAAAAGCUUUGGCUUAAGCAUUACAGGAGACAGCCAAAGUUAACAUGUGCUGUUUGAUAGCUUCUGUGCAAGAUGUCAUCUGAUGAGGACAGAUUCUCACUUCACAUUGCUCACAAUGGCUCUGAUCAUGACAGCUGUGUCUCCACAGACCUUCAGGAAGAAUAUGAAGAACUGCUUCGCUAUGCUAUUGUAAAUCCAAAUGUUGAGUCCAGUGCUUCACAGCCGUCUCAUCCGAAGGGAGAAGUGGUGCCAGAUAGAUUUACUACGCUAGCAGGAAAUAACCCUUUAAAAGAAAGUACAGUCGAUGCUGCAAAAGGAUGUGAUAUUUCCAGCCAUUCAAAAUCAGGGUCAUCACCAGCUUUGUCACCCAGGAAGCCCUCUCACCCAGUCAUGGAGUUUUUCAGUUCACAUCUUUUAGGUGACUCUUCCUCACCAGCCUCUACCUGUACUCGUACAGAUGCCCAUGAAAUAAUUGUGGGCGAUCAUCUUGUUUCUGAUGAAAAUCUUCAGAAGGUGGAGAAUGUCCUUGACCUCUGGAGUUCAGGUCUUAAGACAAAUAUUAUAUCUGAAUUAAGUAAAUGGAGACUUAAUUUUAUUGACUGGCACCGAAUAGAGAUGAAAAAGGAGAAGGAAAAGCAUGCGGCGCUUGUAAAGCAACUGUCGAACCAGAUCAAUGACUUGAAGGAACUGCAGAAAGCCUUUGAGAUCUCCCUCGGGAGAAAGGAUGAGGUGAUUUCCAGCUUGUCUCAUGCUAUCGGCAAGCAAAAGGAACGGAUAGAGUUAAUGAAAACUUUCUUCCACUGGCGAAUUGGCCAUGUCAAAUCAAGACAAGAAGUCUAUGAAGGUAAGCUGGCUGACCAGUACUUCCAGAGAACUUUGCUGAAGAAAGUCUGGAAGGGCUGGCGUUCUGUGGUACAGAGGCAGUGGAAAGAGGUGUUAGAACGGGCCUGCCAAGCGAGGGCUGAAGAAGUCUGUGUGCAGAUCUCCAAUGACUAUGAAGCCAAACUUGCUAUGUUAUCUGGAGCUUUGGAAAAUGCAAAAGCUGAGAUUCAAAGAAUGCAACAAGAAAAAGAGCACUUUGAAGACUCCAUGAAGAAAGCGUUCAUGAGGGGGGUGUGUGCAUUAAACCUGGAAGCCAUGACCAUAUUUCAGAACAAAAACGAUGCAGGGAUAGACUUCACAAAUAAUAAGAAGGAGGACAGUGGCCCUGGUGGUCCAGGAAGAGAGCUUUGUGCUCAUUUGGAUACUUCUUCAUCUACGAUGCCUUCAGCAGUUCCGUCGCAGCUACUGCCAUCUGCAACAGCAGCAGCAGGAAUAGCCAGCGUCACGGCCAUUCCCUCUGCCACUUCCAUGACCUCUGCGGGAGCCACAUCUGCCUCUUCGAUUCAUGUUCCUGUCUCUGUCCUUGGUGCAGGAUCUGCAGCUGCUGCUGCCCCGGAAGAAAUGUACAUACCAAGAGUUGUGACUUCAGCCCAGCAGAAAGCCGGGAAGAUGAUUACAGCUCGGAUCACGGGUCGGUGUGAUUUUGCUUCCAAAACUAGAAUCAACAGCAGUUUGGCCAUCAUGGGAGUUUCUCCCCCCAUGAGCUCGGUAGUCGUGGAGAAGCAUCAUCCAGUCACAGUGCAAACCAUUCCUCAGGCAGCUGCUGCCAAGUACCCACGGACCAUCCAUCCGGAAGGCGCCAUCCCACAUUCUAGGUCUCUCGGAGCCAAGCCAACCCACACCCAGUCUCUCUCGAGCUUUCAGUCCAUAAAAGUGGUUGACUAGAGUGACCGUGUUCACACUCAGGUCUUCUCAGUCCUCUCAGAGGAUCUGACUAGGAGCAGGAAGUUUUUUUGCUUUUGACUUUUCUGUACUGUGAGAACAUCAUGGACACAUCAUGUUCGUCUUUUCAGAAUUUCAAGAGACUUUCCCAUCCUUUGUAACUGUAUGUAGAGAUUAUUUUAAUGUUGUAAUUUUUAUUUAAACAAUUAAGUAGAACUUUUUAAUUAAAAAAAGUGGUUCUAGACA